AUGCCACAACUUGCCAUUCUCUCCUACUUGAAAAUGGAUAGUGAAGCCAUGUUCAAAGGAUCAUGGCUGGGUGGGAGAAUCAAGUCAAGCUGGAUCAAAUAUUCUAGCCAAGUAUUACACCCAGAACAAGCAAGUGCUUCCUGCUCCCUACCUUUCACCCAUUUUGGCUCUGACAAUAAUCACAGUGAUGGACUGUUCACCAGUAUUAGUGACCUAUAUGAUGUCCUUGAAGCAUCUGUCCACAAACUGUCAGACUCCAAGGCAAACUUGGUCAUGGAUGUUGUCAGAGCAAAAUGCAAAAUUUUCUUCACUCAGAAGAUGCUUGCAGAUUGUAUACUAUGGGAAAAUGAGGUGUUUACUAGCUUACUCAAAUUCUGA